UGACCCCAUUGGUCUUUAAUCUUUAUCUGUGGUCUGGUUAUUCACAAGCUCUCUGGAGAAAUGAGCCAGAUCCCACUCGGAUCCAAACCCAAAUCGAGGACAUGGUUAUGCCUUUGGAAGCUACAGGCUGGCUAUAGGUGGAUCUCUCUCUAGUUCCUGCUCUCCUCAGCCAGAGACAACUGAACUGACAUCCUCACAAUAUAAAAGGGAGAAAUACUCCUGGCUUUCCUCCCUGUUGACAGAUGCUGGAGUGCAUAUAGGCGAUGCACUCCUAUUAAUGACCCACAUCAAGGGUGGCUUUUCUGCUGUAGCAACUCCAGAGACCUAAGAGAGUAUGCAGAUGAGGUAGGAGGUGGGAUACCCGAUACAUCCAUGAUGCUUGGUAAUGCCCAAGUUCAAGCAAGACUGGGAAGGGCUGGAAAAUUAAGAGUUUCCUGUUGUAUUUAAUGUAUUUUGUUGUUCUUUCCUCCUCUGUUUUCCACCUGUGAAGUGAGUGAGUGCAAGCUGGGAGAGCAGGGCUCUGUUUCUUGCCCUUCCCAGUUUUUUUCUGUGGCCUGAAGGGAGACUUAAAGCAUUUCUAAGUGUCUAAGUGAUCCCAUCAAGUGCUCUCAUCAUUGCUGAUGCUCACAGCCUUGGGAUUUACAAUCCUGGUAGAAUUAGCAUACAACCUAACACUCCAGUACAAUGACUUCGGUAGUUCAGCUUGAAUUCAGGCUCACUGCUACAGACUCCAGCAGGGACCCAUUGCCUGAGCUGCAGUGGGGUCCCUGCCUGUACAGCCCAUAGACUUGCUUCAGAGUGGGGCUGAAAUGCUGGCAAAGAAGAGAAAAAUCGGGAAGUUUUAGCUCAAAUAUAAGCUAUAAUCUACAAUCCAACUAGGAGCAUUUUUACAGCACAGAGAACCAUCCUAUGGAGUGCAGCACACACACACCAGCCUAAAGUGACCAUAGAUGAGGCCUCUCGUGCUCUGAGUUAUUGGUUUCACUCCCAGCAUUAGGAGCUCUUUAGCUGCAGAGGUUUGGAUUGUUUCGGACACACAAACUGAAUCAACAGAAGUUAUGUGGUACCAAACCCGACCUUGCUGCCAGGGUUUAGAGGCAGCACAGCCCUCCCCUGGUUACUCAGUCCUGCCCCUGCCUGUCCCUGAUGCUCAGCCCCAGCUGAGCUCACUCAUCCUGUUCUGCAUGUUCUGUAUCACAUCUCCCUGUGCAUCCCACACCACUCCCCAGCUCCAGACCUAAGCAGUCCCAAACUGACCAGCUCCUGCCUCAGUUUCCCCUCCUCACAGCACAGGAUAACACAAGGGUGAUCACCCCAUUCCCACCCUCCUUGCUCCGGAUCGGUGCAAAUUUUGGGACUGCAGGACGCUUUUUAAGCCAGCAAAAGGACAAACGCACACAUCUCCUUCCCUUGCUUGAUUCAGCUUUAUUGUCCACUUUAUUCUCCUUCAUCAAAGAGAAGGACAUCCACCCAGAUUAAAGCCGGCGGACUCUUCGGGAUGCUCACAACCGGGAGGGCUGACACGCUCAGGACGUGCCUUUACUUCUCCUCCUUAACUUCUCCCACCCCGUUUCCCCCUUCCCUGCCCCGGGGCACGCAGCUCUGCCUGGGGGGCAGGGAAGUGGGGCACAGCGGACGCCGAUGGGGAGCGGGGAGCCCUGCCCCGGCCGGGGCGGGGAGGGGAAGGUAAAAGCCUCCCGAUGCGCGCUGGUACCGCCUCCUGCCCGGGCAGCGCUGGAGCCGGAGCGGGGCAGCGGUAACCGGGGGAUGGUUUCCAUCGCUCUCGAGGUGAGCUGCAGCUUUGUUGCCUGGCUGUUUCUCUAUGCCUGCUGCUGCUACUGGAACAGGGGCCGUUCCUACGAGUGGAGCUGUCGCUUGGUCACCCUGCUGCAUGGGGUGAUUGUCACCUGCCUCUCUGGUUAUGCUGUGCUCUUGGAUGGCCCCUGGCCUCUGACCCAUGCAGGUUCACCAAACACAGCUCUUCAGAUCCAUGUGCUGUCCCUGACCUUGGGUUACUUUAUCUUUGACCUGGGCUGGUGCCUGUAUUUCCAGACAGAGGGGGACCUCAUGCUGCUCCACCACAUGCUGAGCAUCUGUGGCAUGAUCAUGGUGCUGGGGCUCGGCAAGUCUGCUACAGAAGUCAAUGCUGUUGUGUUUGUGAGCGAGAUCACCAACCCUCUGCUCCAGACCCGCUGGUUCCUGCGGGAAAUGGGCUGUUACCACACUGUCCUGGGAGACAUUGUGGAUUUCUUCUUUGUCUCCCUCUUCCUGGUGCUUCGAAUUGGAGGAGGUGCUUUGAUCAUGUAUGCGAUGGUGACAUCCCCUGAUCCCAGCUGGCUGCUCAAGGCCGGAGGCUUGGCCAUGUACCUUGUGUCUUUGGGCUUCAUGGUUGAAAUCUGCCGCUUUGUCAGGAGGAAACUGAUGAAGAAGAACAUUUCCUGGGCAAGGCGGAGGAGUGUGAAUGCACCUGUGAAAACUAACGGGCACCUGAGGGCUCAUUAAUGGGUUGUGGAUAAUCCCCUGGGAUAGGGUUCUGCUUACCGAAGCUUAUUCCUAUGGAAAGAACUCCUAAACGUGAUGUGGAAUUGACUUUGUGGCACUGGCUAUGCCCGGAGGAGAUGAACCAGCACUAGGAACAUGGGGAAGCUGACAGAAGAGGGGUUUGAGUGCACAUGUGCAGAGUGUGGCACAGCUACUGAAUUCUGAUCCCCUGACUUCUCCGGUAAUGGUGCAGUCUCAAGGAGAGAGGCAAUACCUGACCUAUUCCUUCUGCCACCGACAGUCGCACAGCCUGUAUGUCCUGUAAGCAUUCUGGAGAUAGAAUUGGUUUGCAGUGUACAGCCAGAAAACCCCAUCUCCCUGCCAGUGGGACCAGGUAGGGGUUUGACUUAGGAAGGAUUUAUCGAGCCUCAUUCUCCCUGGAGCUGGCCAACACACUUGCCUAAGUACUUGGAUGAAAGCCUCUGAACAAGACUCAAGUGCUUGCCCUUUGCCUGUGUGGAGUGAUGGUACUUGAGGUGAGGUAAUGUUUUACCUCAUUGCUUUUAAUGAGACAUUUCUUCCUUUUUGAAUACUUGUGUUCAAGCAGAUACUGAUCUGAGAGCACUGUGACUUCACUGGGAUUGACUCAAGCUCUUGCAAACAAGAGUCGAGAAUUAGACUAGUGCCAAUAAAUUCCAUAAGCAGGUAUUCACCUAGUCCUGGAUUGCUUCAAAGAAACCAAACAGGCAUUUUGUGGGUGAGAGAGAGAGGAGAGCCCUCUCUGGAUGCUCCUUCUGUUCUGGGUUGGCUCAGCUACAAGCCACGUAAGCUGAAUGUGCAGCUAACAAGUGCAGUAAGUGACUAUAUUUCCAGGGCUGACAGUAAUGUUUAGGCAGAUCUCAAUGCAACAUCUGUUCCAUACCAGCAGGUCUUGGAGUAUGGACCAGUUCUCUUGUUUUACCUCUCAGAAUGCUGUUCUGACAUUUCCCCUGGGGUUUUAAUGUGAAUUUCCCUCUGUUUAAGGCUGCAGUUCAGAUUUACUCUCCCAUAAAAGCCUCGCUUACAGCUGAGAAACAAAUGGCUUUGUGUUGCCCUCAGGCUUAGGAAGGCUGCUUGCCUUUCCUUCCUCAUUUCAAAGGCCUUGUUUAGAGGAGCCCCUCAAACAGCCCGUGUGGCUUUUGCUCAAGCUAGGUGCACCCUGCUGCAGAGGGGAAGGAAGGGAGCAAUGGGAAUACAGCUGCUAUGGGGACACAGCCUUACUAGCUCCUCCAUGCCUCUUAUCUCGCCAGCUUUGGCACUGCUCAGGGCAGAUAUCUGCCUUGGCUGGGGGUUAGGAUAAGGUGUGUGGAGAGAUUAAGAAAUGCCAUGAAAUAACCUUUGCCAUGCCCUCUGAAUGCACUGCAGCUGUGAAAGCAGGGAAGUGAGCAGGCCCUUGCCUUGCUCUGGGGGCCUGCAUUUGUGAGGUGUGAACUCUUGCCAGAGCCUCUGUGCUCUUCCAAACACUCCUCUCGAGUGAUGAGACUUCCAAUAAAGUUGUGCUCUCUUGUUCAAAAGAAA